ACUCCACCAGCCAGCACUUUCUCCACACCUCGUAGAACCGAGGACCUUGUCAGUGCUGUUUCCGUGUGUGUUUGGGGUUUUUUUUUUUUGUGAUCUAGUGCUGCAAUUUCGGUAGGCAGUAGUUUGUCAUAAAAAGAAAGAAGAACAGAGGCGGGGAGAUGUAGUGGUGAUGUUAAAUCACUUACGAAGAGAAAAAACAGAUUGGGAACAGUGGUGGAGAAGAUUCGUGAUCGUCCACAGUUUCGGGAUGAAUUUAGAUUUUACGCUGCUGAUGAGUGUCUUGUAGUUUUGAAUUUGUUUCUACUUUUAAAAGUUGCAAAGACUUCAACGACGAAGUAUGUUGAUGUUCACGAUAUUCCGGGCAGUUAUGGUCCGUCUGCUGUUCGCCGUGCACGGACUACUUUCAAUAUGGCGGCUGUACAUGGUGGUUCAGGAGACGUGGUGCCUCUAUCUGCUCGUCGCGCUGGGCGGGAUUCUGUUGGAGGCCAUCAUCACCAUCUACAAGAAGAGAGGGAAGGAAUGGAAGUGGUUUUGUCCCAGCGUUUUCUUCUACCUGGCUAGUGUGGUGCCAGCCAUCUGGUUCCUGGAAUUGCACGAGAUGGAGUCGAGGAUAGCGCUCAAAGAGAACAUCAACGCCACCUUAUGGCGCGAAAACGAAACAGCGGAGGAUCUAAGCAUCGCCAUCGACCAGCUAGGUCUAGAGAUCAACAUUCCUUUAGCUCUGUCGUCUGACCUGUGGCUGCGAGUCAUCGAACAGUUUCUUCUUCUGAUGCUCAUUCUGGGACGGUGGAUCCUCCCUAAAGGCGCCCUCUCACACGACCAGUUGUCGCAGCUUCUCCUGGUGUACGUGGGAACUGCCGCCGACAUUGUGGAGUUCUACGAAGCGUUUAGCGAAGACGGGGUGAAGUAUAACCGUGUCCUGUGCUACAUCGUCCUCGGCAUCUGGACGCUCAGUUUGCUGCAGUUUACAUUGGUCCUGACGGCCACGAAGGCCAGACGCGACCAAUCGGGAGUGCCGAGUCCUCACGAAGCAGACGACAACAUCGGCUGUUGCAAGCCGGAGAUCUACGGAAUCCUCAUCUCGAUCAUCCUCCAGGACCUCCCGUUCCUCGUGGUGAGACUUCUCCUCAUCUUCAGACACAAGAUCGUCAGCUACACCAACAUGUUCUUCACUUCCAAGAAUUCUCUCGUCAUCCUCCUGCUCGUGUACAGACUGUGUGUUGUCCAGCUCGAGGCCAAGUCGACCAGCAAGGCCAAGCAGAACCCGAGAGUCAGAGACGCGCGCGACUGCGAGGCUGCCAAAGUGAAUCUCAUUGGACGCGGUAACCCCAAGAUGACGAAUGCCCGACCUCGUAACAACUACACUGCGUCGAGGCCGCAACAGAGAACGGCGGCUUCGAGAAUGUGAAAUGUUCGACAGUUUCAACUUUGUUUAUAUUUUUCUCCAUUGUCCCCUUUUUCUAUCAUGCCAUACAUCUAUCAAGGACACACAGUUGGUAUUGAAAUGUGACUGCGAGGCUGCAGAAGUGAAUUUCAUUGGAAGAGUUAUCCCUAGACGACGAAUGCCCGACCUCGUAACAAUUAUAUUGCGUCGAGGUCGCAAUCGGGAACGGCGGCUUCGAGAAUGUGACGUUUUCAACAGGUUUUUUGGAUGAUGUUUUCAAUACUAUUUCCCCUGAAAGAUGUUUUAUUUGUGGAUAUUCUGCUGUUUACAAUGAUGAUCUCACGAUUUCUCUUUGAACCAUGGACGUCGUAAACCAUGGAGGUGUAAACAUUCGUGUAUUAAGUUCGCUCUUCGCCAGUUCUCUUCACCUUGAUUUGUGGCUAACGUCAGAAAGGUAAAUAAAAACAUACAACGUA